CCACCGAUGGUCCCCCUUUGAAAAAUUGGCAAAAAGCUUGGAAAUUUCUCCUUUCCUUCUUGUUCAAGAACUGAUUUUGGGGCUUAGAACUCUCGUUAAACCCAGAAAAUCCCGGUUCUGCUCUGCUCUUCUCCCCUGCAACCGGUAAAGCUUGGGAUUUUCUCCUUCUUUUCUUGUUCUUGAACCCAUAAAUUUCCCCCUCUCUGCUGCAGAAUUCCGGAUCUGCUCUGCCUUGCUACUUCCGGCUGCUGCUCUGCUGUAUGGGGGUGCAAAGUGCUCGGGUUUGUUGUUCGCGUGAGUCCCUGCACUGCCGCCGGCUUCCCCUCCAAUUCCCGCCGGCUUCUUCCCCCCCUGCUAGGUCCGGUUCUUGCUGGAAAAUUCUGGUUUUGAUCGUUUUGUCACCGUAGCACUUGGGUUAAGCCUUCUGUUCUGUGCGAGUGAGGAAGCGAAACCGAGGACGGGGAAACCGAGGGGAGUGACAAGUUAGAAGGCUAGCCAUCUUGUAAAUUGAAUAUGGAUUUUAGAUAUAAAUGAUGAUAUUGUAAGCUAGAUUGUGAUCAGAGAUUUUAUAACUUUAUUUAAUGGAUUGUUAGUUUACGAGAGAUUUGACCUGAAGAUUUUGAGAUUAAGUCGUGUUGGACAUAAAAUUAAUUUUGAAAU